CAAAAUUUAUGUCACUGUUCUUAGAAGGUCGUUUGUUUGUGUGAAGAUUUCUUAUCUGGGAUCUCUCUCUCCUAAAAAGAAAACCCCCAACUUUCUCUCUCUAAAAAACCCUUCUUUCUUUUCACAGUGAGAGAGGGACUGGCCCAGCAGAUCGAAAAUCUUCAUUGUUUUUUCUCACAGCUAUGAACUGAUGAUCCAAGCUCCUUCAAUGGUGGUGCUGCAUCUUCUAAUUGUUAUUAGCAUCCGUUCUUAAUUAGUACAUCACCUGCCAAUUUUUAGUUUUUUUUUUUUUUUUUUUUUUUAAUUUACUGCUAUUUCAAGAUUUCUCGAGUUCAUAUGCGGUGGAAGUGAAUAGUUUAACGAUUCAAUCAAUCUUUAUUUUUUCAAGAACGAUGUGGCUCUAAGGAAUGGGAACAGAAGUACACUACAAGAACUCGUUUUACUCCAUGAGAAAUGUCAAUGAAGAUUCAAAUAGCAACAGCUGGCAUCUCUUUUAUGGUGAUAACCCCUUCACGAACAGCCAUUAUUACAAUAAUUUUAAUCCAAGAACCAUCACAGAUCCCUAUAUAGCUCAUGAAAAAGCCGAAUUAAAACAAAAAAUGCUUCAACACGAAGCCAUAUUUAAGAACCAGGUUUACGAACUCCAUCGUCUUUACAGAAGACAAAGAGACAUGAUGGAAGAGGCUAAAAGAAAGGAGUUUAACAAAUACCAGAUUCCCAUUGACACAUCAUCUUCUUCAAGCUUCAUGCCACCUCAAAAAUGGCAGAUUUCUGGACCUUCCAUUUUUGGAGUUGACAUAAGUAAUUCUCCUCCUAUAAGUUAUUCAAAAGGGAAUAAUGAUUCAAAGGACUGUGAGAUAAUCGAUUGUAGUAGACCUUCAAAAGUUAGAAAAAAGUUAUUUGAUCUUCAACUUCCAGCUCAUGAAUACAUUGAACCAGAAGAUGAUGAACAAGUUUUUGAUAACCAUGCAUCUGAAAUUUCAAGCUACUUACCUAAAAAUGGAAUAAAAACAUUUCUUGAAAAUAGUUACAGAAAUUCUCCAUCUGGUCAACACUGUAUGUGGUCAAACGGGUUGACUGAUCUUAAUGAACCGAUUUACAUUCAACCACCAUUCAACCAUUUCCAUGGUAAAGAAGUUCAUCAUCAUCAUCAUCGAGGAACUUAUUCUGAAAUUUCUUCAAAAAUUCAAGAUAAUCAAACCCCUUCGAUCUUCACCACUUCCAAUGCAUACCCGUUUAUUACCACCUCAGAUAGCUUGACUCGCAAAUUACAAAAAUACCCUUCGUUUCUAUCAUCUACUACAGGAAACGGGUGUCACGGGGACCGGUUUUUUCACGGGUCUUCAUCUGGGUCAAAAGAAGUAAUUGAUUAUCGAAACUGCAAAAAGAUUGAUGAUGGGUCCCAAAAGAAAUUUAAAGGUUCAAACUUUAUAGAUUUAACAGAUACUAUUACCAAGGGUAUGGACUUGAAUACUAUUCAAAUUUUGUCUGAUAAUGAAGACGAUUCAAGAAAAUGCGAUCAAACUGUGUUUCCAUGGCUCAAAUCUGAACCGGGUAUCUGUAAAAAUGGUGAUGUAUCAAAGGAGAAAGAUAAGAAAAAGCUAUUAGGGUUUCCGAUUUUUGGGAACUUUUGUAAAAAUGAUGCUUCUUCUUCUGUUGUUUCCACCUCUGCAUCAAUUGAAAAAAGAGGGAUCGACAUCAAUGUAGCUUGGGAUGAUGUCAAUGAUGAGAAACAGAUUGAUGUGGAAGAAACAGAUGCAGAAAUCAAGAAUUUCAAGAAUCAUUUUGAUUUGAAUUCGUGUGUGACAGAGGAUGAUGAACUGUUAGUUACAGUUACAGUUACAACAGAGUCUGUAAAAAGCUCGAAGAAGAAGAUGACAAUGGAGAUAGAUUUAGAAGCACCUGCUGUUUCAGAGAUCGAGGAAGAAGCAAUACAGUGUGGGGAGGAACACAAGAAAACUGUACAACUUGAAAAGAUUGCUGUUGAAGCAAUCGUUGAGAUAUCCAGUCAGCAAGAAGAUCAAGUGGGCCCCACGGAAAAUGACGAUCAACUUUUAUGGUUUGUUGAGGUGAUUGAGAAAAACACGGUUUUUGCAACUCGUGAGACGGAUGAAUAUGAGAUGUUGACUUUACAGAUGGAAGAGAGUAAAGAACAAGAUUACAUGCCUGCCCCUCUGGUUCCUGAUGAACAGGAACCAGAUGAGGUGGGGCCGGGGCCUGCUCUGUCGAGCAGGCCCCGAAGAGGGCAGGCAAGGAGAGGUAGACCCCGGAGGGAUUUCCAAAGGGAUAUCCUUCCGGGGAUGGAGUCUUUAUCAAGACAUGAGAUAACCGAAGAUCUUCAGAUAUUUGGAGGCUUGAUGAGAGCUACAGGGCAUUCUUGGAAUUUUGGAACAAUGAAGAGGAAUGGGAAAAGAGUUGGGGCUCGGGGGAGGAGGAAGGGGAAGGCGGUGGAGAUAACUCCGGCCGCCACCACACCACCACCACCACCAGUGGUGGGAUUGGAGGAAAGAAGCUUUACAGGGUGGGGGAAGACAACUAGAAGACCCAGAAGACAAAGAUGUGGUGUGGGUAAUGCGGUUGCUGUUCAGUCAACAUGAUCUUGAAAUCUGAACCAUGGAUUCAGGUGAUGUAAGUAAGCCUGGUGUGGUGUGUGUUCUAUUUUGUUACAGAUGUUUCGUGGGUUCUUUUUGAUACAUACGAUGAUCAAAUUGACACGUGAUUAGUUCAUAGAUUCAUGGGGAAAAAAAAGGAAUUGUGGUUGUUGGUCAUGAUGUCAUUGGUAAGAUUACCAAUCAAGUGAACAACUCAAUUUGGCAAUGUGUUUAGGUACAUUGAAAAGUGCAGUCAAAGUGUUUGAUGAAAUGUCCAACCCAGG